UGCCAGCGCUCUCUUUUGUUGGCUCACUUAAUCCCCAUUUGCUGGCUGGACAGAGCCCCCUUUCUUAGCUGUGUCCCUCUCUCACUUGGGUGGAGGGGGGGAGGAAAGAGGCGGGUGUUGGUGGAUUUCUUAGCCGUUGCCUCCUCGCUCACUCGGUCUCACAUCUCCGGUCCUGAGGUCGGGCAACGCGACAGCUCUGCUCAUCUUCACCCAGACCAUGCUCGGCAUCAACUAUGUAACAGUGGGUCAAGGGGACACAGCAACCAUGGCAGAGACAGACUCUGGAGCACCCGAACAAGCAGCAAUGUCAGAGGUGCCUCCGGGACAGACGAACGAAGCGGAAAAAGGCAACGGCGACUCCGAUGCUCCCCCGGCAGCACAGGAAGGCGAGGUUACGCAAGCUGCAGAGCAGACCACUUCGUCCAGUGCCGCCCCGCAGAGAGACCUGGGCUUCAAGAAGGUUUUCAAACUGGGAGGCUUCAAGUUCACGCUGAAGAAAGAUCGCGAAGAGCCGCCCGAGUCGGUGACUCUGCUCACCAUGAAGGAUACUGACGGUGAGGGCAAUGGUGACUUUAAUGGGAAGGUGGAAGAGGCCCAGAGCAAGCAGCAGGUUGUUGAGAAUGGCGCAGAUGUCGCCGCUGUCAAGGACCCUGAGCAAAAAUCGGGUGAGGAGGCUGCGGCAAGCUCUAACGAGAAUGACACUGAUGACCAAAAGGGAGUCCAUGAAAAUGGCACAAAGGAGAGUGCUGAGGAAGCUGUGGCGAGUGAAUCUCCUGUGGGGGGCUUCACAGCUCAUGUGACCACGCCUUUGAGGAAAAUGUUCAACAACAGACUCUUUUCUGGUCUGAGGAGAAAAUCCAGCAAGGCUGAGAAGGAUGACAAAAACCAUCAACUUGGAAACGAACUCCUAGUCGACUCGAAUCCUGAGCCGGUAAAUGCAGAGCAUGCAGUGGAGGUGAAUAAUUUGCUACCACAGGCUGAAGAAAAGCAGUCUUGUGCUGGAGCGCUGCCGUCAGAAAAGUCUGCAGAUGCCACCAAAGUGACAGAGGCACUCCAAAAGCAAACCACAGAUAUUAACGAUGUGGAGGUGGUGCAAGAAGAGGCAGCGAUAGCCAUUGUGAAAAAUGAGCAGUCGAUAGCUGUAUUAGAACAGAAAGAUGAGAUGUGCAGUCAGGAAAUAAAGUUGAACGAGGCACCAAAACAAGAAAAUGGCAAUAGCGAGCAAGUGGAAUGCUCCGCCACUGCAGAGAAUUCUCAUCCUAUAGAACAGGAAGCAGGUGUAGUGGAAAAUUCAGCUCCGUCAGCGAAUAGUGAAUUGAUGCAAGAUAAAGUUGACACAUGUGCAGAUCCCAACGUAAGCCCUGACGACUUGACGGUUCAGACCUCAAAGACUGAGGAAACGGAACAGGAUGUAACAUCACCUGAUAAGUCUAAGACACCAAGCAGUCCGUUAAAGAAGUUUUUCAUGGGAAGUUCGCUAAAGAAAUUGUCUCUGAAAAGGGGUAAAGAGAAGGAAAAAAGUGAAGGCAAGGCCCAGACUGAAGUGGAUGAGCAGAAACCGGAUGAAACUGAGGCAACAACUUCACAUGCUUUCAAUCAGACUGCAUCGCCAUCGGGGAUCGAAGUUGAUUCUCAGGUUCCUCAGUCGCCCACUCAACCAGAGGCAGCAGGUCCUUCUGAAGAAGCUGAAGGUGUGGCAGAAAAGAAGAGGGAUGGAAUCACUCCAUGGUCAUCAUUCAAGAAGCUUGUGAAACCGAGGAGACGGACCAAACAUAAUUCUGAGAGUGACAAGGAGGAAGAACCAGGGGAGGCUGGCAAGACGACAACAAUGUCUUCCACAACUAGUGGAGUAUCUGGAGGAAAAGAGGACUCUCUGAACUCUGAAGUAGAUGAACACGUCAAAGAAGGAGGAAAGAAGAAGACUGAGCAUUUGGGUCCAAAUUGGGAAGCUCUGAUCUGCAUCGGCUCCUCCAAGAAGCGAGGACGUAAAUCCUCAGAUUCGGACUCUUCCCUGCAAGAUUUGCAAAAGCAAAAAGAUGAUGCACCGGCACAAGGAGAUUCCAAACCUGAAUCUGCAACUGAACACGAUCAGCAAUUUGAGGACAUAAACCUGGAGGUUGUAUCCAAGACUGUGACCAAUAAGGAAGAGCUACCUGAAAAGGACGAGGUCCAGUCUGAACAACCUAAAGCUGAGGUUGCUGAAGCACCAAAGAACACGGUGAAUUGGGGUUCCCUAAAGCGUCUUGUAACGCCAAAGAAGAGAAAUAAAUCCAAAGAUCAUGAUGCACAGCAGGGUGAAAAGGAAGAUGCAGAAAAUCUAGAAAAUGAGAAUGGGGAAUUGCAGAAAACGACCAUCCAUGAAGAGAAUAGCAGUCCUCCAUCGAACUCUACUUCCCAGCAUCAGGAAUCCAGCCAUGGUGGCACCCAUUCAACCUGGUCUCUCAAGAGGUUUAUUCCAGGAAAGAAGAGGAAGUCUACAAAGGUUUUGGCUGACGAUGUAGAAAGUGCCACUCAGGCGGCAGAGGUGAAGGGCAAUGACAGCGACACUGACACACCGGGUGUGGUGCCACUGGCUGAAUACGACGAUGAGGAACAGCCGCAAGUUAAAGUGACAGAUGCAGCUGCCAAUAGUGGUGAAGCUUUGAGUUGUGUGCAAAUUGGGGCUCUAAGUGACAAAGCAGCAGACUGUGCCAAUGUCCAGGAAACGGUCACAGAAGCAAUGGUGGAUGUUGGUGUAGAUGACAAUGACGCUAAUGUUGAGGUGGGAGCGGGCAAAGUCGACUGCACAGUUUUGCAGACGGACGUUUUAAAAAUAUUAGAAAUGGAUGAGAAGUCUAAUUCAAGAGCCCCUGAGGUGGUCGAUGCAGAGCAGAGAGAGUCUGUGUGUGCUGAGGAAAGUAUCGUGAUGGCUUCAAAAACUGUGACCAAAAAUACAACAGAAAAUGUAGCCUCGACGAUGCAACUAACAAAUACUUCGGAUUUAGUUGUCAGUUGCAGUUCCGAAGUAUCGACCACGAAUAAUGCUGUGUCUUCUGUAACUUGCAGUAUCUCGGAGGAAAUCUCAAACGAUUCGCAAACCGUGAUUUCCCAAACCCUGGAAGUGACUGAAACUUCAACCUUUACAUCAGUUGUGUCUGAGGAGAUGGUUGUGUUCACCAGCAGUUCAAUCCAAGCCCCUCUAGAGUUGCUGGACACGGUGGAGUCCUUGAAUGAGGAACAGAAAAGUGUAGAAGAGCUACCAAGCAAUGUCGUAGUACAGCAGCCAGUGGUGAUGCAACUACCAGUACAAGCAGUUGAACCAGAGCAGGCAAGCGACGUUGAACAAUCGCAGGUUUCAUCUAUGCAAAAUGUGGUAGAACGGCCAACUCAGGAUAGCCAUGGUGACGUGUCCUCCGAUGCGUUUGUUGCUCAUCAGCUGGAACAAAUCCCAGAGGAUGCUAAUGAGUUUUCGCAGGAAGAAAAGAAAGGGGAAAUAAUGGUUGAAGCAGCGGCACAUGCUGGCGGCGCUGGCGAUGAUAUUGCUAUGUUGAUACAGAAGGCUGUGAGAGCCGUAGUGGGUGGAGCAGAGAUUGAAGCACAGUGUGAGGAGCUUAAGCAAGGGCUUUCGGAGACUGAAACGCCACCAUGUGACUAUGCAACAGCUGCUGCAUCCGUUGUGGAGGCAGCAAUUGAAGCUGCCACAGCUUUUGUGAAGGAGCAAACGAAUGUUUAUGAAGCUGAAGAUGGUGCAGCAGUGGAAGUUGAUUUGCACGAAGAUGAAAGCCACCCUUUGCCAGAGGCGGAUGUUCAAUCUGAUGUGAUUUCAACGGAAUCUGCACAGGUCGAUGCUUCUCAAGGAGCAUCGCAAGAGGUGAAGGGUACAGGUCCGUUGGAAAGUAAGGAAGUGGGUACUGAUGAAAAAGUGCAGAACCUUUCAGAUGGUCAUCAGAAUGACGCUGAGGCCCUGCAAGAGGAACCGGAAAUUGCAUCUGAGAGAGUAACCGAUGGCAAAGAGCAAGUAGUGCAGAGUGUGGAAAAUGGGUUUGCUACCACACUCGCUGAAGAGGUGCAGAAAGAUUUAGGUCGAGAUGGUGAAAGUGUCACUGAAGUUGUUGCCUCUGGAGAAGAGUGUGGUGAUUUCCAGGAGGAGAAUGAUAAAGCUGCUGUAGAUGAACAUGAGCAAGUCAUUAAUGAAACCAUUGCCUGUGAACGGGAAGUACUGGAAAAUUCUGUAAAUGCCAAUGCUAAUAAAGAUUCCAUGGAUGAAGUGGCUCCUCUAAAACAAGAGGCAUCUCUGUGUAAUUCGAUAACUGGGGGUGUUGUCGAGUUUGGAGAAGAUGCAGUGAUAAUUGAUGGAAAUGUGAACCCCCCAGAAGAGCUAUUUGAGGAACUUUCCAAGCAGACGAAUGUGGUGGAAACCAUCCAAGAGAAGCUGUCCAUGAAGUUGGCAUCGUUUGACGGCGAAGAAAUACAUCCGGCUGAGCCUACGGUGCUAGCAUCGCAGACACCUGCCCAGGAAACGACAGAGGCAGCUGAGCCUACUGGUGCUCUUUAACAGGUUGAAAAUAGCCAGGGAAGAGGAUGGACCUGGUCUCCUGGAGUGCUGCCCCACGUCCUCAAUCCAUCCCUCAAAUGUUCACCGCAGCGACACCAUUGCACCUCACCCCUCAACCACCUACCUUUUUGGGAAUAGAAUUGUCUAGAAAGGCCAGAUAUUGAAAAUUGUUUCUAAACCCCAGUGAUUUAUAUUUAAUGGAGACUUUUAAAGCUUGUCUUAAUGUUAAAACGGGCUUUUUUGCAUUUGGCUCAGUACAACGGUUUCAGACUUUAAAUCUAGUUUUACAUUUUUAAAAACUAAUUAUCCAGAGAUGUCUUUUUGUAUAUUGUAUUAAAACAUAUUAAAGUUUUGUAUGUAUUGUAAGUUUAACGUUUUUAGUACAGUACUGCAUUGCAUACCUGCUUUUACAUUUUUUAGUUUAAGGACUUUCCCAGCGUCGAAGAUGUCCUUGCAUAACCUGUAUAACAUACAGCGUAUACACGUAUAUCUUGUAUGUCUAUCUUGCACCUAUUGCUGCAGUGCUAAAAUAAUAGCGGCGAGUAGUAUAUUCUGACCUAUAUCUAAAUUUAUACGCGUAAAAUAAAAAGCGCCCCAAAAUUUAAUGCACAAGUACAGUAGAAGGCUAAAAGACUGAUGGCUGGUGUUAGAUGAUUUUUUUUUAAUAAAGCUUAAUUUUAAGUAAGGGCGGGGAGCCAAUUGUUUGCAGUUGGUGGCUUGUUUGCUGGCAGCUAAUGGGUGUAUUUUGCAUUCUCUCUGACGUUCUAAAAACGCUUAUUGUAGCUCAUCGGGAAUACUUUUGUUUUCAAAUGCAGCCCAGUUACUAAUUAGUCGGUGCGUUCUGGUUUCGCUUAGGUUUUUGCCUCGCUGGCUGUAUUCUCACUAAAUAUUAAUGGCCUAAUUGUCAAGUUUUAUAUUUUUCACUGCAUUUGUAUCCUUAAUAUAUUUAAAUUCUACUGGAACUGAAGCAAUGCGCCUUUGUAUCGUCUAUUUGAACCGUUUCAGAAAACAUUCUCGAUUUUCUCAACCCACUAACACCUGCUGUUUAAUCCGGCUGUGGUAUUGUUUUUGUUACCAAUAUUUGUUAUUGUUUUUGUAAUAAAUAAUUAACCAUUAA